AUGGCCUUUCAGCAUCCCGAGGGACUAGACUGUCUCGAUUAUCUUGACCUACAUGGAGCACUGAAAUCGCAGUUCGAGAUCAAGCUCAGCGCCAAGUUUUUGUUCGAGAAGCGUCAAGGUUACUUCUGUCUGUUUCCUACCAUCCAGACGUCAGUCCGCGCAUGUGAAGUCAUCAAGACGCACCCAGAGAAGCUCAUGCUUGACAAGAUCCAUACCCUAUUCUCCACCACAAUUGCACCUGAGAUUUGCCGGCGCUGGUUCAACUGGGAAACUGUUGAGUUACCUGAGGGCAUGCUCCAGAGGCUUGCUGCUUUGGACGAGCUUGAGCGCAAGACUCCAAGUCAAUCAAUGAACACCUCAUCAUAUUUCUUCCCAGAUCCUCUGAACUCUCAAUGA